GGCGGGUCGCUCACAUCUCCCACAGUCAUGGCGAUGUCGGGGAGUCGUGAAGAUGGAGUAAACACCGCCGCCGCCGCCGCCGCAUCCUGAUCCCGCCGCCGCCCCUUCGCCGAGCUUCAUGCUGGGCCGCACCCGGCGCCGCUCACAGAUAUCUCGAGGAUCCCGCAGGCUGCCGCGCUCGCCGCCAUGGCCGACCGCGGCGUCGAUCUGUCGGCUCUGCCGAAAGAGGUCAGGGACCAGCUGGCGGAGCUGGAUCUGGAGCUGUCCGAAGGAGACAUCACACAGAAGGGCUAUGAGAAGAAAAGGACCAAACUCCUGGCUCCUUACAUAAUCCAGGCUCCCGCGCCGCCUCCUCAGAAUGACGUCCGGCCUCCAGCCCCCAGCUCCUCCAGCCACGCCGCCCCUCCGUCCAGCUCGUCCCGGUACCGGGAGCGCCGCUCCCGCAGGACGCACCGCAGUGGAGGGACCAGAGACGACCGCUACCGAUCGGACAUCCACACCGAGGCCGUGCAAGCUGCCCUGGCUAAACACAAACAGGAGAAGAUGGCGCUUCCCAUGCCGACCAAGAGACGGUCGACCUACGUGCAGUCACCCAUCAACACCCGGACACCGCCAGACUCCUCGUCGGGCUCUGAAGACGAGUCCUCGGCGCGCAGGCAGUCGUCCGUCGCUGCCCCCCCGCCUUCUCACCUUCAGAGCCCUGAAACCUGGGCGAACCGCUCCGCCCAGGGCUCCUCCACCUCGUCCUCGGCCUCCUCCACCCUGUCCCACGGCGAGGCCAAACCCGGCCAGGGCCAGCCGCAGCCGCAGCCGCAGUACAAGCCGCAGUACCAGCCUCUGUAUCAGCCUCACCACCAACCGCAGUACCAGCCUCAGCACCCGCCCCAGAAUCCGCCCCAGCAUCCGCCGCAGCACCCGAACCAGCACCCGCCUCAGCAGAGCCGCGCUGCGGCCGUGACCGACAUGCUGGCUCAGAGUCGCAUUGCCCCCUCGGAGAACAGCGCCCCCCCUCCAGACGUGACGGCCGUGGCUCCCCCGUCCAGAGGCCCGCGCGUCGACCUGCCCUCCAACGCCGUGGUGCGAGGGAUGAGCCGCGGCCAGAGCCGCUCCAGUAUGAUGGAGACGGCGGACGCAAGAGGUAAUUUGCAGAGAGUUCCUGUGAACAGCCGAGUGUCCACAAAGAUCCAGCAGCUGCUCAACACCCUGAAGAGGCCCAAGAGGCCGCCGCUCAGCGAGUUCUUCACCGACGACUCGGAGGAGAUCGUAGAAGUGCCUGAGCCAGACCCCAACACGCCCAAGCCGGAGGGCCGUCAGAUCAUCCCCGUGAAGGGAGAGCCUCUGGGCGUGGUCAGCAACUGGCCCCCGGCCCUGCAGGCAGCUCUGGCUCGCUGGGGGGCCACUCAGGGGAAGAGCCCCGCCCUCACGGCGCUCGACAUCACGGGCAAGCCGCUCUACACGCUGACCUACGGGAAGCUUUGGAGCCGCAGUGUCAAGCUGGCCUACACACUGCUCAACAAGCUGGGCACCAAGAACGAGCAGAUCCUCAAACCUGGGGACAGGGUGGCGCUGGUGUACCCCAACAGUGACCCCGGGAUGUUCUGGGUGGCGUUUUACGGCUGCCUCCUGGCUGAAGUCAUCCCUGUACCCAUCGAGGUCCCUCUGUCUCGGAAGGAUGCCGGCAUCAGCCAGGUGGGCUUCCUGCUCGGCAGCUGUGGCGUCGGUCUGGCUCUGACCAGUGAGAUCUGCUUAAAAGGUUUACCCAAGACCCCCACCGGGGAGAUAAUGCAGUACAAAGGCUGGCCUCGGCUAAAGUGGGUGAUAACAGACUCCAAAUACCUGACCAAGCCUUCCAAGGACUGGCAGCCUCACAUCCCCACGGCGAACACCGAUCCGGCGUACAUAGAGUAUAAGGCGAGCAAAGAGGGCACAGUGGUGGGCGUGGCCGUGUCUAAAGUCGCCAUGCUGACCCACUGCCAGGCUCUGACCCAGGCGUGCAACUACUGCGAGGGAGAAACUUUGGUGAACGUCCUGGACUUUAAGAAGGAGAUGGGUUUGUGGCACGGAGUUCUCACAGCCGUCAUGAACAGGAUACACACCAUCAGCGUUCCCUAUGCCGUCAUGAAGGCCUGUCCUCUCUCCUGGGUUCAGAGGGUUCACAUCCAUAAAGCUCGUGUGGCUCUGGUAAAGUGCCGCGAUCUGCACUGGGCCAUGAUGGCCCAUCGAGACCAGAGAGACACCAGCCUGGCUUCACUUCGGAUGCUCAUUGUAGCAGAUGGUGCUAACCCCUGGUCGGUGUCCUCCUGCGAUGCCUUCCUGAACGUCUUUCAGUCUCACGGGCUGAAGCCCGAGGUCAUCUGUCCCUGCGCCACCUCUCCCGAGGCCAUGACCGUCGCUAUUCGCAGGCCGGGAGUCCCGGGGGCGCCCCUCCCCGCCCGAGCCAUCCUCUCCAUGGGGGGUCUGAGUCACGGCGUCAUCAGGGUCAACACGGAGGACAAGAACUCGGCCCUGACUGUGCAAGAUGUGGGACACGUCAUGCCUGGAGCUCUGAUGUGCAUCGUUCGGCCUGACGGUCCGCCACAGCUGUGCAAAACAGACGAGAUAGGAGAGAUAAUCAUCAACUCCCGUGCUGGAGGCACCAUGUACUACGGCCUCCCCGGACUCACCAAGAACACCUUCGAGGUCAUCCCUGUCAACGCUAACGGAGUCCCCAUCGGAGAGAUCCCCUUCGUACGGUCGGGACUCCUGGGGUUCGUUGGCCCGGGCAGUUUGAUCUUUGUGGUGGGGAAGAUCGAGGGUCUGCUGAUGGUGAGCGGGCGGAGGCACAACGCCGACGACCUGGUGGCCACCGCCCUGGCCGUGGAGCCGGUCAAGACCGUGUACCGUGGAAGGAUCGCUGUGUUUUCAGUCACCGUGUUCUACGAUGAGAGGGUGGUGAUCGUGGCAGAGCAGAGGCCCGACGCCAGCGAGGAAGACAGCUUCCAGUGGAUGAGCCGAGUGCUGCAGGCCAUCGACAGCAUCCACCAGGUGGGCCUCUACUGCCUGGCUCUGGUCCCGGCCAACACUCUACCCAAGACGCCGCUGGGGGGCAUCCACAUCUCCGACACCAAGCAGUUCUUCCUGGACGGCAGCCUGCACCCCUGUAACAUCCUGAUGUGCCCCCACACCUGUGUCACCAACCUGCCCAAGCCCCGCCAGAAGCAGCCAGUCGGCGUGGGCCCUGCGUCGGUCAUGGUGGGCAACCUGGUGGCAGGGAAGAGGAUCGCCCAGGCGGCUGGGAGGGACCUCGGCAUGAUCGAGGACCAGGACCUCGUCCGAAAGCUCUGUAUGUGGCCCACUGUGAUGCAUCAGUAUUUGACAGAAGCUCUCCAGUGGAGGGCACAGACCGACCCCGACCACGUCCUCUACGUUCUCCUCAACGCAAAGGGGGUAACAGUCGGCACGGCGACCUGCGUCCAGCUUCACAAGCGAGCAGAGAAGAUAGCGGCGGCGCUCAUGGAGAAAGGAAGCAUCAACACCGGAGAGAACGUGGUGCUGCUCUACCCUCCGGGCAUUGAUUUGAUCGCUGCCUUCUACGGAUGUCUCUACGCUGGGUGUGUGCCCGUGAACGUCAGGCCUCCGCACCCUCAGAACCUGGCAGCCACGCUGCCCACUGUCCGCAUGAUCAUUGAUGUCAGUAAAGCUGCUUGUAUCCUGACGACGCAAAACCUCAUGAGGACCCUGCGCUCCAAAGAGGCUGCUGCCUCUGUGAACAUCAAAACCUGGCCGACCAUCAUCGACACAGACGACCUUCCUCGCCGCCGACCUCCACAGAUCUACAAGCCGCCCACAGCAGAGAUGAUCGCCUAUCUGGACUUCAGUGUGUCCACUACAGGCAUGCUGACCGGUGUCAAGAUCUCUCACGCAGCGGUCAGCGCACUGUGUCGCUCCAUAAAGCUUCAGUGCGAGCUGUACUCCUCCCGCCAAAUCGCCAUCUGCCUGGAUCCAUACUGCGGCCUGGGCUUCGUGCUGUGGUGCCUCGCAAGUGUUUACUCAGGUCACCAGUCCAUCCUGAUUCCCCCCUUCGAGCUGGAGAGCUGCUUGUCUCUGUGGCUCAGCACGCUCAGCCAGUACCGCAUCAGAGACACCUUCUGCUCCUACUCCGUCAUGGAGCUCUGCACCAAAGGCCUGGGCACACAGACCGAGCUUCUUAAGGCCCGCGGUGUGAACCUGUCGUGCGUGCGAAGCUGUGUGGUGAUCGCGGAGGAACGCCCUCGCCUCGCCCUCUCACACUCCUUCUCCAAGCUGUUUAAGGACUUGGGGCUUUCGUCCAGAGCCGUCAGCACCGCGUUUGGCUCCAGGGUGAACCUGGCCGUGUGCCUGCAGGGCACCACCGGCCCGGACCCGUGCACUGUGUACGUGGACAUGAAGUCUCUGCGUCACGACAGAGUGAGGCUGGUGGAGAGAGGAGCCCCGCAGAGUCUUCCUCUAAUGGAGUCAGGAAAGAUCCUGCCAGGUGUUCGGGUGAUCAUCGUCAAUCCAGAGACCAGAGGCCCACUCGGAGAUUCUCACCUUGGAGAGAUCUGGGUCAACAGCCCCCAUAAUGCCAGUGGCUACUACACCAUCUACGGAGAGGAGAGUCUUCAGGCGGAUCACUUCAACACCAAGCUCAGCUUCGGGGACCCGCAGACCUUAUGGGCCAGAACCGGAUACCUGGGCUUCGUGAAGAGGACCGAGCUGUUAGACGCUAGUGGAGACCGCCACGACGCUCUCUUUGUGGUGGGCUCGCUGGACGAGACUUUGGAGCUGCGAGGUUUGCGCUACCAUCCCACCGACAUCGAAACGUCGGUGUCACGAGCUCACCGAAGUAUUGCUGAGAGUGCUGUGUUUACAUGGACCAACCUGCUGGUGGUGGUGUCGGAGCUGUGCGGCUCGGAGCAGGACGCGCUGGACCUGGUGCCUCUGAUAACCAACGUGGUCCUGGAGGAGCACCACCUCAUCGUGGGUGUGGUGGUGAUCGUGGACCCGGGGGUGAUACCCAUCAACUCCAGGGGGGAGAAGCAGCGCAUGCAUCUGCGCGACUCCUUCCUGGCCGACCAGCUGGAUCCCAUCUAUGUCGCUUACAACAUGUGAGCGGCGCGAGGUUCUGUGGGCUUCGUGACAUCGCCGUCCGCAGUCUUCUGCACAUUCAUCCAGCCUUGACUGAGGGAGUGAAGUUAAAAAGCAUGAGCCACAUGUACUAACACCGAGCCCUGUGUGACACCAGCAUAUCUUCGCCACUGCAUGUCUGUGAUUGGAUCUGCCAUGUUCGGAGUUGUUCACUGUGUUUUUAUAGAUAAGAUGUUUAAAAUGGGACAGAUGUGAAAUGCAAUACCGCAUAUUGGAGAGAAAAGCAAAAUCCCUGCUGCACUUUUUUGAUAAAAGGGCAAAAUAGCACCUAUAACUGGACGACUUUGUAAUAAAUAGGAUAAUAAGGUCUUUGUGAAGGCCCCUGCUAUUACACUAUAACGACCACAAACACGUCACCUUGUCUGUCUGCACAGUUACAAACCUUAAAUCAACAACUUGAAAUAUUUUUUAUGAGCAGCUUUCAAACAAACGCACACAGAUGCUUGUGCCCUGGUCUUUUUUUUUUUUUUUUUUUUUUUUUUACAACUUAGGGAUGAACAGAUGGCCUCAGUCGGCAUGUCUUGCUUCGAAAGAUAGUUUUUUUUCCCUUGAUAAUGACGCCAAAAAGAUUUUCCUACCCUAAUAUAACAUUUCCUGCCUUAUAAAACUUCAGCCAUACAUUCCUAUCUUAUAAUUUGUAAUAUAUUUCCUAAUUAUGGCUGGUUAUUCUGCAUUGGGUUUGACUAGUGGUGGAAAUCCUAACAGAUACCCAAAGGGAUCAUAGUACUAAAGGAAAGAGGCCAUAUUCUGUACUGUACCUAUGAGGGCCUCCUUGUAUUUUCGAUACUGUAACGUUAAUGUAUAGAUGUUUUUAUUUGUAUAAAUGUAUAAAGGCUUGUCUCACCUUCUCCCAGUUGUUGGUUUCUGGAUAGUGAACUGAGCUGGGAGAUGAUAACAGUAGCAGAGAGGAGAUUGUAAAUACGAAUUUAACAGUUCUGAAAGUACUUUUGUGUUUGGGAUAAUAUCUACAUAGCGAUGAAUAAAGAUAACUAAUAAAAGCAUUGUUAGUCAGGUUAGAUGUAACGUUGCACUUUCUCAAAAAAAAAAAUUCUAUUUUAUUAUAACAAUGAGGCAUUAUAACUAAUGGUUCAGGAGCAUAUAUGACGCUAAGUUUGAUGAGCUUUGAGAGUUUAUUUGGAGGGCUAUCACUGUUAAUACCAGAAACCUUUUCUAUUGGCCACUAUUAAAAAAAAAGUGUCGGUGGAGAAGG